AUGUUAUACAAGCUGGCACUGGGGGCGGCGGUCUUCGCAUGGGCGUCGCUGGCGGACAUUUGUGUUGAGAAAACGGCCAGCCUCCCUCCAGGAUGGAUGAAGAUCAGCGAUCAAGUCGACCCAAACGAGCGAUACUCGUUUUCAAUUGCGCUCAAGCAGCCACAGAUGAAAGGUCUACAGAAGCUUCUGACCUCGGCCCGAGCAAACAUGCUAUCUCUGGCCGACACCACAACAAUGCGUGCUCCGACGGCAAAGUCGGUCAGCAUGGUGCAGGGUUGGCUGCGCAGCCACGGUAUCCAGGACAUCGAGACCAAGGGUGACUGGGUCAAUGUCCGCGCGACAGUCGGCCAGACUGAUGCGCUUAUCGGCUCUGUCCUGGAGCACUACAUCUACGAUGGCGAGGACACGCCUGUUCUCCGGACGACGCAGUACUUCAUCCCGGACGCUCUCGAGGAUGCUGUCGACUUCAUUCACCCUGUGUCCAACUUUAUGAAGCCCGUCCGCUCCAUCUCCAAGAUAAGGUUCCUUGACGAGAAGGACCUGGCGAAGCGCGACCCGCCGUGCACCUCCAUCAUUACCCCCAAGUGCGUGCGCGACGCGUACAACUUUCACUACAAGACGCCCGACGACAAAUCGAGCGUCACCAUGGGCAUCACGGGUUUCCUCGAAGAGUACGCCAACUACCAGGACUCGGACCAGUUCCUGUCGCAGCACGCGCCCGAGAUCGCGGCCAAGAAGUACAACUACACGGUAGAGCUCGUCAACGGCGGCGAGAACCCGCAGAACCUGUCGCAGUCGGGCGCUGAGGCGGCGCUGGAUGUCGACUACGGACUGGCACUGGCAUACCCGGCCAACCUCGUUUUCUACUCGACGGCUGGGCGCAGCGAGCUCAUCGGCGAGGAUGGGCGGGCCGACUCAAGUAAUAAGUCGACCAACGAGCCAUUCCUGGAACUGUUCCAGUACUUCCUCGACAAGCCUGACGGUGAGAUUCCGAGCGUUUUGUCCGUGUCGUACGCGGACGACGAGGUCUCGGUGCCGCGGCCGUACGCUGAAAAGGUGUGUAGCAUGAUUGGCAUGCUCGCCGGCCGUGGCAUGACGCUGCUCUUCGGCUCCGGCGACGGAGGCGCCCAGGGCGGGCACAACUCCAACUGCCGCACGCGCGACGGCUCCAACAAGAAGAUUUACAUGACGACGUUUCCCUCGACGUGCCCGUGGGCGCUGGCCGUGGGCGCGGUCUCCAACACCAAGAACCCGCCCGAGGCGGCGGGCUUUAGCACCGGCGGCUUCUCGCAGUACUUCCCGCAGCCCUCGUGGCAGAAGGAGGUGGUGGGCGCGUACGUGAGGUCGCUCAACGGCUCGCUGGACGGCUACUACGAGCCCCGGAACCGCGCCAUCCCGGACAUCUCGGCCGUAGGCACCAACGUGCUGGUGGUGCAUAAGGGCCAGCCCGGCCUGCUGCAGGGCACGAGCGCGAGCACGCCGAUGAUCGCGGCGAUGCUGGCUAUGGUGAAUGACGCGCGCGCGCGCGCUGGUAAGCAGCCGCUCGGCUGGGCCACGAGGCUGCUGUACGGCAAAAGGGUGCGAAGCACGCUGCUGGAAGUGACGGCGGGGGAGAGCUUCUCUUGCGACUACGACGGCGAGAAGCCCGGCGGGUGGCCGGCGAAGAGCGGCUGGGAUGCCGUCACAGGGUUGGGCGUGCCAAAGGACUUUAACGAGCUGCUCGACGCGCUGUUGCACGGGGACGAUUAG